UGCCAUGUGGGUGUUACUGCUGAAGCUGCCGCGCGGCUGGAUAGUGGAUGAGAAGAAGGACGACGGCUACACGGCGCUGCACCUGGCCGCACUCAACAACCACGUCGAGGUGGCUGAGCUGCUCGUGCAUCACGGCAAGGCGGACAUGGACCUCCAGAACGUCAACCUGCAGACGGCGCUGCAUCUGGCUGUCGAGCGCCAGCACACGCACAUUGUCCGCCUCUUGGUUAAGGAAGGAGCUAAUCUGAAUAUUCCAGACAAAGAUGGUGACACUCCUCUGCAUGAAGCACUCAGACAUCACACGCUAUCGCAGCUCCGUCAGUUGCAAGAUGUACAGGAUGUAGGAAAGUUGCUGAUGGGCCUGGGUACCCAAGGAGCUGACAAGAAGUCAUCGGCUUCGAUUGCCUGUUUUCUGGCCGGCAACGGAGCCGAUCUCACUGUCAAGAACAAGAAAGGACAAACGCCUUUGGAUCUCUGCCCUGAUCCGAACUUAUGCAAAGCUCUUGCCAAGUGCCAUGAGGACAAGGAGAGUGACCAGAUAGAGCCGCGCAACCCGGAGACGUACGACUUGGCCGCACUGGACGAGUGCCUGGUGUGCUCGGACCUGAAGCGCGACACGCUGUUCCAGCCGUGCGGUCACGUCGCCUGCUGCUCCGUGUGUGCGCCUCGCGUCAAAAAGUGUCUCGUGUGCCGCGAGCCGGUCGCCAACCGAGUCAAGAUUGAAGAGUGUGUGGUGUGCUCGUUUAGCAAGGCUGGAGUGCUGUUCAAACCAUGUGGCCAUAUGGUAGCUUGCGAGUGUUGUGCCCCUCUCAUGAAGAAAUGUGUUCAAUGUAGAGCUCAAAUUGACAAAAUGGUGCCAUACUCUUUCUGUUGUGGUGGACCAGGAAAUAUUUCUGAGGUGCAGCAUGAUAACGUGAAUCUGCAGGUAGUCGAAGAGGUGCCAGCUCCCCCUGCGCCUGCGCCUGCGCCUGCUCAAAUCGUUGCAGCAGAACCGGUGGGCCCGCUGAUGAAUAAUGGUAGUCGAGAUAGCACAUCCAGCUCUGACAUACAGAAACUGCAGCAACAGCUUCAAGAUAUUAAGGAACAGACAAUGUGUCCAGUGUGCCUUGAUCGACUGAAGAAUAUGAUAUUCCUGUGUGGCCAUGGCACGUGUCAGAUGUGUGGCGACCGCAUGUCCGAGUGCCCCAUCUGUCGCAAGCCAGUCGAGAGAAGGAUACUGCUCUAUUGAACUUGAUACGGGAAUGUGAAUUAUUCCUCCGCAGGUAACUGACGAUUGAAGGCUCUUCUUGGCAUCUUCCACGAUCUACUUUCUUACCGAAUGUAGAAGUUUUUAUUUUGUAGAAAUCAUUAUUAUUAAGGCUUGAGUUUCCUUAUUAAGUGACUAAUCUAUUUCGUAAUUUUUUGUUUCUUAGUUGUUCCUUAUGGAUCCGCCAAGCUAAACACUGGUGUUUUCAUUUUAAAUGAGAAAGAAAAAAAACUGGUGUUUUCGUUUGUAAUUUUAGAAUAUAAGUUUAGAAUUUAGUUAAUGUCUAUCAUUGCAAGUGAAAUUCUAUAACUGAUAAUAUGAAUUGUAGUAUCAUUGAUAUUAAGCGAUAAGUCUACCUAAUUUUGUUAUCUCUUUAAUAAUUAAAUAUCUAAUAAUAUAGGCCUAGACAAAUUUAUAAAUUCUAAAAAAUAAGAUCAUAUUCUAGUAUGAAUAGACAUUAUAGGAAGCUAUGUGAUCCAAAAAUAAAAAAAAUUGUUCGAACACCAUUAAAUACUGUAUAUUUAUUAAUACUGUAUAAUUUAAGACUCCAUAAACUGAAUAGAAUUCAGUUGACUCAAAUUUUUAAUUUUAGUAGGCUAACAUUUAUAUUCAUUAUGAUUAUUUUCAAUUUAUAAUAUUUGGUCAUAUUUUGUAUUGUAGUGAAGGUGAUGUGGUGUAUAAAACGACUUGAAAUAUUGUUAAAAUCUAUUUAAACAUUUUUGAGAAAUCAGUCCACUAGAUAUUGUUAGUUACUAGAUAUUGAUAAUGGUGUAGCAAUUUCAAGUCAUAUAAAUUCAAUAUCGUGUAAUUGUAUAAUGGAAUGAGGAGAUAUUAAGCGAUAAUAAGAGCCGUUGGUUAAUUUCAUGACACCUUUAGCUACACGUCAUUGCGAUACACUUCAAAUUGACUGAUUCGCUGUCUGUUAAUUCAUGUGGCCGCAGUAGGCCUACAUUCAUUCAUAGAUGUUACGUUCGCAAACGUCUAUUGCGGUGUAAGCUAUAUAAUAUCUCAUUAUGAAUGUACGAAUGAAAGAAUGAGUAAAAAAGUUUUAUUCUCAAAAAGAAACAUGUUACAAGCAUUUGAAAUGUUAACUUUACAUUAAUUGGAGGUAUUUUAUAUCUCAUUAUAAAAUAAGAUAGGAUAACUAUUAGAUCAAGACAGUGAAUCUAAUGCUGGCCAUAGGUUUACAUUAAUUGGAGGUAUUUUAUAUCUCAUUAUAAGAUAAGAUAGGAUAACUAUUAGAUCAACACAGUGAAUCUAAUGUUGGCCAAAAAAUCAAAAAAUGUAGUCUGAAAAACUCAAACCAAUAAAUUAUUAUCCUAUUGAAUAUGAAUUCCUGUUUUAAAUCUAAAUUUAAUGUGUUAUGAUACUUAUCAUAUUGAAUUUGAACUCUGUGUGUCAUAAACUUGGAAGCUCUUACCAAAACCUGAUUUUGUAAUUGACAUAACAUGUAUUUUUAUCACAAAGAUAUAGGCUUACAGAGUGUUUGUAUUUUGUAUAAUAUAUAAGUGAUUAUAGAUUAUAAUUAUUUUCGCUUCCAAAUUUGAAUUUAAUAGAGUUAAUUAUAUGUUUAAAUAUUUGAAAAAUAAUACAUUGCUGAAAUACGAAUCAAAGCAAUAAGUAUAAAUUUUGAAACAAUUCAAUCAACUGCACAAUGUUUAUCUUUGUUUUGUUGAAACUUCCAUCAUAGAUUAUCUUUAUAUAUCGCCCAAAUAUAUUCCGUUAUUGAGCUAAUAUUAUAUUGGAAUUUAAUAUACCGGUAAACCGGGGUGACUGUCCCAAUGUUGGGGAGUUGAGAUUUUAAACCGCUUGCAAUCAAUACUUAAGUUGCAACAUAAAUCUCUUGCAAUAUUUUUUAUUGUGUUCUGCAAUGUUUGUAGAGUAUUUUUCAUUAUAAAAGGUUAGUAUUUAUUUCCGCUCUAACAAAGAUAUAUUUUUUGAAAUUAAGAGACAAUGUCAACCAUCAGGGGUUGGGGUGACUUUGAAAAAUAAAUUGCAAAAAGUUAAUUUUUAAGAGUUAGACAAAGUGGAACCAACUGUUAACCUUUCAAAUUAAUAAUUACAUUGAAAUCAAAUGAAAUACACUUUAAAAAAAUCACAAAUUUGUCUUUAAAAAAGUAGUUUGGUUUCUGCUGCCUAAAGAUCUCUUUUAGCGUCGAGGCAUGUUGGCUCCAGCUGCAGAAUCAGCUAAAAAUGAAUAUUAAGAUCGUAAAUUAAUCUCAAGGAAGGUGAAUAUUUUUUUAUUAGGUAGAAUACAUUAUAUUUAUCAUAUUUUGAAUUGUAUUUGCUUUAUAUCCUGCAUAAUAUCACAGUUUUUAUACUGUGACAAAGGCACCCCAAUUUUAACCUUAAAGUGACCUCGUUGUAUUUAACUAGUAACAGAACCCUUACCAUUUGAACUAUGGAUAUUAUAGAUAUACCAAUUGAAAGAUGAUAAAAAGGCUAAAAUAAUAUGCACUAAGCGAUAUCAUAAGUAUUUUAGAAAUAAGUUUUCUAAUACGAAGUUUUCCGACAACGAAAUCACAAGAUGAAGCAGUAGCACAGCGUGCAAUUAUUAAAAACUGCCUGAACAGGAAUAGUCGCUACCCAACGGAGUUAGUUUAUCAGGAAUUCCAUGUAUUAGAUAUCAGACAGAUUUAUAUUAAAGUUGUAGUAAUUUUCAUCUGGCAUAAUAAAAAUACAAUUUUCAUUUUAUCAAACCACAUUUACAAUACUAGACACCAAAAUAACAUUGGCAUUGUGCAGCCACGCCUGCUAAAUAAUUGUACCAGGACUAACAGCCACUAUCUAUGUCACAUUCUGUACAGGAAUAUCCCAAACCAUCUGAAGCAAAUGGAAAAUGUUGUCAGCAUUAGCACCUUUAAAUGCUACCUUAAAAGGUGGCUGUUUGAAAUUGGUAGGGACGCCGCAUCGCGGCUCAUCCAAUCUGCCUAUAUCCAUUGAACAUCACCCCUGGUUGUGAAUGUUCGUCUGGAUAUGCAGGACCCUGUAUGUCUCUUAAAAUUAUUCAGUUCAUACUACAUUUUUUUCUUUUUUUCAGUACCAUAUAUAUAUUUUUUUUAACUACAGAAAUUUGGGUUCAACAACAUUAAGUUCUCUCCACAUCCUCUAAAGAUGCUUUUUUAUUUACUCUACUUUACUUAUUCUAUUGUUUUUGUUGUUUUUUUUUAUUUUAAAUCUUCAACUGUCAGGUUGUUAUAAUGCAGUUCACGGUGCUCAUUCCCCACACCCAGACUUGUUGUCUUUGUGGGGAAUAUUCACUAUUUACAUAAUGUUUCUGCUGCUGUAUUACUUUUUUUGUGAAUAAAGAUCAUUUGAAUUUGAAGUU